AUGGACAACAGCGGCGAUGGCCCUCUCCAAGUUCCUGGAUUCAAUGAUGUUCCUCUAUACUAUGAGCUACCCAGAGGCUCUCGCUUCGCGCAUGGGAUCGCAGACUGGAGACAGAGCCCACAGUUGACCCUGCGGGAGAUUUGUAUGCUACAGUUCAUGUCCUACGUCACCGAGCAGCCAGACUGGGAAAACAAGUGCGACGACCCCGACACCUUGGAGAUCUGGCGUGAAAAGGCCGAUAGUGCUUUUGACCUGGAUCAGCCAUGCUGGGACUGGUGCUACAAAGAGCUGCAAGACAAAGCAGAUGACUUCAAGCGCAAGGGUCACGUGGCCGUCUUUGAUGCGGACUCUCGAGUCAUCAAGGCGGAAGUCGACGCUAGUCUUCUCGCCGAUCUUCGGACAGCCAUGGAACCACUUUUCUCAUCGACAGAAGAGCCCGAUUCGGAAGACAAAGAAGCGCCCGUGGAGGCUGGUGUUCAAGGCCCCAUCCGGCAUGUGGUCGAUCCAUCUAUGUAUCCUCUUGUGUAUGGACAGACCAAAGUUCUUAUUAAUGGGGGCAAGGUCGAUCUCGACAGCUUUGAGUCAUGCGAUAACUCUCGGUGCCAGACUUCUCCAAUUCCUGACAAGUUGACCAAACAUCCGUAUGAGCUAAACCACGGGGAGAGAGAUCCAGACGAUGGUCGAGUGACAAACAAGCCUAAAUACUGGUCAAACAAAUUCCAGUGGCUUCCGUGCGAAGUCAAGUUCACAAAUCGAGGAGAAACCAAGAUCACCUCCUACAUCAAUGGUGUAAAUCCAAGGGAGAAAGAAACUUACCAAGCACUUGAGAGACUAAUCGCCACCGCCAUACAGCCGUGGAAUGAGAUGCUUAUCCUUGGAAACCAAGGUCGAACUCCGAUUCGUAUUAGAACUUAUGACUUUCAAACUGAAAACGAGGCGUUGCCGCAGGCGUACAACCUUCUAUGGGGCACAACUGUGGGGUUGAAAGUGAGAUUCUCCGAAGAGCAGUGGCCUGAGAUCCGAUCGCAAGUCAGGGACUACUUGAAUCUCCCCGAAUAUGAACAACGAUACCAGGUCGAUCCGAGUGAAUCCAAUGUCAAGGACCUCCUCGUCAGCAUGGACCCCAAGAACCCCACACCACCGCCUCCUGACCCAGACCACCAAUUCUACACCGUUUCUCUCCGGAACCAAUUUCAGGACCUACAGGUGAUUAUUAGGGUGUCUGGCAUUGAUCUGACCCCAGAAAGGCCCUUGUAUACCGGGGAACCCCAGUUUGGGGUGGCCGGUAUUCUCAAUGAGCAUAUUGUUGCCACAGCGGUUUGCUAUUUGGACGUGGAUAAUAUCAAAGAUCCGAAAGUGUCAUUUCAACAAGAGACGCUUUUGAGUACCCUGGACUUUAAUGUUGAAAAGUACCUAAUUAUGAAUCGAGUUUUCGACGUUCCAGAGGAGGAAGACGAUAAACUACCACCAGCACUGCAGAAUCUGGGCUCUAUUUUUGUUUCCCAAGCCGGGCAGCUCCUCUCUUGGCCGAACACGCUGCGAUCCCGAGCAGAGUCUUUCACUCUUCGCGACCCGUCUCAACCCGGCCGCCUUCGAUUUGUAACCCUCUGGCUGGUAGAUCCCCAUUACCGAAUCUGCUCAACCCAGAAUGUCCCACCCCAGGACGAAAGCUGGGUUGGCACAGCCAUGGUUCAUUCACAGGAGCAUACGCAGACUCGGGGAUCAAUAACGCUCGCAGAAGCGAUUUAUACUAAGGAACAGAUGAACCAGGAGAGAAUCUCUGCCGCCUGUGCAUUUCACCGGUAUGGUCAUGGUGCUCACAGAUACGCCGAUGAUUAUCACGCAUUUUACUAUGGCAGUCGCGAAGAGUCCUGA